GAAAAGAUGAUUAUUUCUCCGGUAAUAUCCUUCAUAUUAUUAAAUUUCCUCUACAGAAAAGGAAUAUCGGCGGAAUCAUGUGUCAAUUCAACAGACUGUGAUUAUCAAACUACUACUACUGAAACUAUCAAUACUUUUGAAACACCCACUACAUUGGAACCUCAAUACUCGACUUUACCUUUUCGUUCAUUACACCUACCUAUCCAGCCAAAAAUCGGAUCAAUUUUGCCUCAAUGCUGCCUAAACACCUACAAUUCCCGAAGGUUUUUAAUAACGAGUCCCGGUUUUCCUCGCAGUAUUAGUACAAAACAUGAAUGCGUCAUUAGGAUUCAAAAAUCUAAUCAAAACAUCUGCAGAUUGAGAUUAAAUUUUUUAUAUUUUUAUUUAGGUUCGAGUACUUAUAAUAAUUGUCCAAGCGGGUACCUCAGUAUAGACAAUAAACUAAUCUGCGGUUGUAACAAAGAGUUAAAGCUGACUACAAUUUUCGAAAAAGACGGUUUCAAAAAUUUAAUUUUUAAAUCCGAAGGGACGGUUUCAAGCAGUUAUACAGGUUUCGUAAUCGAAGCCAUCCAAGACGAGUGCCCAAAGAAGUACUAUCCAGCUGGUAAUAGGAAUUUGAACGUUUCCAGUAAAUAUUUCGAUGAUCGAUUAAAUGUUGAAAUUGAACGAGCCCAGUUGAUUCAUCAGAGAACGGAAAUUUUAGGCGAUAAAAGUUCGAAGUUUAUAGGUUUUCCGGGAUCAAUAAAAACAUAUUAUUACUUCUCAGAACCGAAUGAUAGCGGAUUACCUCUAGAACCUAAGGAAAGUGAGCCUGCGACAUUUAUAGAUACAUCUACUAUUAAUUCAAUAGUUACUAAUUUGAACUCGUAUGAAUGCAUAAAUUGGAAUAACCAGCAAAUAAACGGGUUACUUUACCGGAAUUUAGAAACUUGCAGAAGAGUAGAAGAAAACACUAGAAUAGAGAACAGUAAUUGCCUCGAAUUGGACUAUUUGAAAGGAUAUUUCAAAAGCCCCGGUUACCCAUUUUUUUAUCCGAAAAACCUCAAUGUUUGUUAUAGAUUUGUAAAACAAACAGGAUAUUGCGGAGUUCGAAUAUUAUUCGCCGAUUUUCAAAUAGAAAAUAGUUACGGAUGCAGUAAAGAUUUUGUUCUGUUGGAUAACAGAAGUAGAUAUUGCGGCAAAGGCCUUUGUAAAAAACACGUUUCAUUCGAUUUAACAUACAGGAAUUUCGUCGAUGUUAAAUUUGUAACUGACCAAUUCUUCUGUGGUAGAGGUUUCUUUGGAUUGUUCGAACAAAUUCCUUGUAGAAUAAUCCCAACCGAUCCUCCGGAUUUUCCAACGACCACUAUAAGGCCAACUCCUGUUGUAUGUGACAGAUUUGUCGAUGAUAAAACUUUUGUGCUAGAAGUAACAGUCGAUGCAGAAAGAUGCGUAUUCCAAAUUAGAAGGAUGGCAAAGGACGUUUGCAAAAUAAACCUUUAUUUGGAACAAUUCGAUCUAUUCUGCGGUGCAGAGUCAUUGUUAGUGAAUAAUAUGCCUAUUUGUGGAAGGUUAACUGGUAGAAAAAUAUCUGUGAGUUUUGAAGAAAACAACGGAUUAAUUCAACUCAUUUACCAAUCUACGUUGGCCAACAAAUACCAAGAUUUCAAGUUUAGAAUAUUAGGAGAACAAAUUGAUGACGACUGUCUGUAUCCCGAUGUGCCUGCUCAACUUUUAAAGAGUUAACAUUUUAUUGAAUGCUUUAAUUAAAAAUUUUUACAAAUACAAACAGUAACAUUUAUACAUGUAUGUAUAGUAAUUUAAAGCUUUUUUGCAAAAAGAUUAAUGAAAAAUAAUUAACAACUGAAGCAUUU